AUUGCUGCAAGACCCUUUUUAAAAUUCUUUUUAUUGGCGACAUUGGUUAACGCGACGCAGUACGUUUCCAGUGUAAGCAGACUUUUGAGUUGUACACAUAUCGAUACAUGCGUUUGGUCAGGAUGUUAGUGUAUUUCCCACCGAAGGUCGCAGCUAAAGUUUGAAAGACACUGCACUGGUCUAGUCGAAUCUCAUUUCACAGGGACCGAAAGAUUUAUGCAGACCGAAGAAAAACCCCACCCGCUUGUGGUACUGCUUUUUAAAAAGAAGCAGUUCAAACUUCCACGCUUUUAAAAAGCAGGUUUGAAAAGCAUCAUCCUUCAUUUUGAGAAAGAGUAAGGCAUGGAUCUGCAUUUUAGCUUUGCCACUUGCUAGCCAUGUGCCCUUAGGUAAGUUUUAUGCUUUCUGUGCCUUAGUAUUCUUGUCUAUAAAAUGGCGAUGAUAAUGCCUACCUUAUAGGGUAGUAUUGUCUGGUUGUUGCAUUAGUUGGUAUGUGUAAAAACACAGUGAACCUUAGGCAGGUACCUGGAGACGUUAGGUAAAGCGACGGGCAAGCACCGUGCCUGUGGGUAGCUUUGUGCAGUGCACUGGAUGCAUAGCAGGUGCCUACUGCCCAUGCACCUCUUUAGAAAGUGUUCGUCAGGGGCCAGUUAGUCCCUUUCACGGUACCUGACACACUCCCUGCCUCCUUGGAACCUGUAAUCCAAGAUGCUGCCACUGAGACAACAGCGCCCUCCCUCUUCUGUGCACUUGUCAUUUCCGACUGUGCUUGGGGGCCGUGAACGUUUACAUGCCGUGGGAGAAAGUAAUGCAUAAUGCCUUCAAGCCUCGAGUGCAUAAUAGAAACAAUAAAUGGGUCUAUUACAAUAAAGUGUCACAAUAGACGAUUUUUAAAAGAUCUGGUUGGAAGAACUUAUUAAUGAAAUAUUUUCCUUUCUGGUUUUUUAAAAAAAAAUUUGGCCUGGAAGAGACAAGUGUCAAAGUUGUUUUUAAGAUUGCAAGGUCGACUUCUCCUGCAGGGAGUAGUUGGUGUCAGCAAAGGACGUUUCGUGAGAGUGCUGUGCCUUCUGCCUGGGCCGUGGUGGGUGAUGACACCUCCCUCCUGCUCAGCCCUUCGGUGAUCCCGAGUAGUGCCCUGGGCCAACAGGAGUGAGUUCUGGCAGGAGAGGAUUGUUAGAUGAUUCAUGGUGCCCAGAAGCCCUGUGGGGAGGUCUUUAUUGUCUUAUUAUCGUGACAGUAUCUGUGUAGGCCUGAAGAUUGAUUUCUGUCACUCUCACGAGUUCCACCGGAGAGAUUCUCAUAACUGAAAGGGUAGCAGCUUGCUGUUAAAUGCCCACAUUUGGCUUUUGUUUUGACAAAAGGUAUGUUAAUCAGGAAUGGCUGUUUGAAAUCCAGAGAUGUUUCAGUUAGUGAUUUAUUAAUAGUUUAGAGGUUUUUUUUUCCCCCCUGUUAAACUGAUUUAACUUCUGCAAAAUGAGUCAUAUUUAGGGCUUCAAGCAUUUCCUCUUUGACUAGCAGCAAAAAAGGUUUGUUAACGUCGCUGUCGGGAUUCAUUUGUGUCAGUCCGGCCACCACUGAAACGGAGGCAGAGGAAGCGUCACUUUGGUUUUCCAUUAUCUGACACAAGUGGACGUCCACUGUCGAACAGGCCUGCACUGUUUUUUAUGACUCACCGAGAAAUCAUGCGGUGGUGUGAUUCCUGUCCCCAGCUACCAGCGCCUAAACUUGUAAUUUUCAACGUAUUGUGUUAAAACAAACUUCUAAUUCUGGCUAUUUUUCUUUUCAAAUUUAUACCUAAAAUUGGAAGCUCUAUUUUUACAAAACACUGUCUUAGAAAAGUCAUCGGUGUUGCUACCCCAAAUUCUAUUCCCGGGCCCGGGGGCGGGGAGAGGAGGGCCGGCCGCCUCACUGGCUGAGCAGGACGUGCGGCCUGCCAGCCGGUGGAGGUGGGGUCGGCUCUGUGCUGUGCUGGUUCUGGGCCCACGUGUCUGGCCCCGAAAGGCCCCGAUUAGGGCUUUAGCUCAUGGCCUUUCCUUGGCGCCCUGAGAAACGGAGCUCGUUGUCUCCCGUGGUUCUGAAGAGAUGGAGGACUUAUUGGACCACAUCUCUUAUCCUCUUCGACAAGGUGCCUGCUGAGUUGCUCCGUCGUCCAGCAAGUUUUAGGAAAUGUGAGUGGAAUAAGGUAUCUUGUGGUGCAAACCGGCUGCGAGUCCUUCGUGUUCAGAAAAGCCGCUGGCUCUCACUGCGGCAUCUGCACUUUAAAUGGGAUGGAGAAGAUGCAGGUCAGGCCAGCACUCGGCAAACUCGGGGUGCUUCCUAGAGCGCCUCGCGGCCAUGGCCUCCCCAGACCCUCUGGCUGAAGGGCGAGGCGGGAGUGAUGGCUAGGAUUGAUGUGGAUCUUUUCUGAGAGACUGAAGUGCAGGUCCAAAGGAGGCGCGACCGGGUGACCACCUCCCCAGCACUUCAGCUUCCAGUGUUGGCUUUGACCGUUCGAGGGGACAUCCAGCUUCUGGCGAGGGCAGAUCGGCCGUCCCCGCUGGCCGAGACCGGCAGAGAAGCUGCGUUGCUGUCACAUCGCUGAGAACUGGCUGGUCAGGGAGUAACUGGAACGAUGAGGCGGUCCGGGACAAGCUGGACCUCGGUGACCAGCUCUGGAGGUGAAAUUCAGUGCUACCUGCCCGGGGCCACCUCCCUUCACCGUGGGGUGCUGGGUAACGUCCUCACGCACUUGGAAUCGGUAUGUUAUUAAGAAAAUCCGAAGGAAGAGAAAACAUUUUUAUAUACAGUACGUAUUUUGGGAGGGGAUAAAACCCCGUGUCUCAGUGGACCCACGCAGUUCAAGGUGAAGGUCCCAUGUGUGAGGAACGGUGCCUCGUGCGCCCGACUCAGCUCCUGAGCCACGCGUUCACGCAGCGGACGUGCACGGGCCAGUGUCCCCACAGGGCUGCUCAGUAAACGUCACCGACUAUUAUCUAUUCAGCAGAUACCUAUCAGACGCUUGCUUGUGUGACGUAGCGGAGUUGCACAGGACAGAUAAAAUCCCUGCUGUGGCACCCACCUUCUCGUGGGGGAGCAGACAGUAAUUAGUCAACACGUGAGAAUUUCAGAGAGUGUUACGUGCCGUGAAGUACCGCACGGUGCCGGAUCGGGCAUGACACGUUACAUCGCAAGGACAGGGAACGCAGCUCGGCGUCUGAUACCAAGGAGCCAUUUGCUCUUCACAGUGACCCUUUGAUUGUCCCGAUUUUCAGGCGAGGCAGCCGAGCCACAGGGCGAUUAGGGAUGUGCUGGGGAGCAGACAGAGCUGGGCCGGACACACCCAGUCAUUCUGCAUCCGAAGCACGAAGCACGUCCUGUCCUUCCAGAAGGCCCAAGAUGGCCUGGGACAGCUGUGGGGGCUCAGUCGCUGCAGGUGGCUUUCGGGCGGAGGGAGCGAAUAGGGUGCCGCUCAGAAAAGUUGCAUGUAAUUUCAUGGACCCCAGCACGGGAUACAGAAUCCAACUGUCGGCUUGCUCCUCUGGCUGAUGGCAUGUUGAGGUUCAAGGGCCAGUGGCAGCGAGGGCAUCCGGUCCAGAGGGGGCCACUCUAGAGGCCAGGCCACCAGCACCAUGGGCCAGUGUGUCACCAAGUGCAAGAAUCCCUCAUCGACCCUGGGCAGCAAGAAUGGAGACCGCGACCCCAGCAGCAAGUCACACAGCAGGCGAGGUGCCGGCCACCGUGAGGAACAGCUGCCAGCCUGUGGCAAGCCAGGUGGGGACAUCCUCGUCAACGGGACCAAGAAGGCAGAGGCCGCCACCGACGCCUGCCAGCUGCCCACGUCUUCGGGCGACGCGGGGCGCGAGCCCAGGCCCGGCGCCGAGGAGUCCUCCUCGCAGAGGCUGGAGGAGCUGUUCGGGCGGUACCGGGACGAGCGUGAGGACGCCAUCCUGGAGGAGGGCAUGGAGCGCUUCUGCGGCGACCUGUGCGUCGACCCCACGGAGUUCCGGGUGCUGCUCCUGGCCUGGAAGUUCCAGGCCGCCACCAUGUGCAAGUUCACCAGGAAGGAGUUUUUUGAUGGCUGCAAAGCAAUAAGCGCAGACAGCAUUGACGGGAUCUGCGCACGGUUCCCCAGCCUCUUAACAGAAGCCAAACAAGAGGACAAAUUCAAGGAUCUCUACCGGUUUACAUUUCAGUUCGGCCUGGACUCUGAAGAGGGGCAGCGGUCACUGCAUCGGGAAAUAGCCAUCGCCCUGUGGAAACUAGUCUUCACCCAGAACAAUCCUCCGGUGUUGGACCAGUGGCUAAACUUCCUGACAGAGAACCCCUCGGGGGUCAAGGGCAUCUCCCGGGACACGUGGAACAUGUUCCUUAACUUCACUCAGGUGAUCGGCCCCGACCUCAGCAACUACAGCGAGGACGAGGCCUGGCCCAGCCUCUUCGACACCUUUGUGGAGUGGGAGAUGGAGCGGAGGAGCCGGGACCUCGGGGCCGGCGGGGGGCGGGGCGCGCUCAGCUCAGGGCCCGAGGGCUUGUGCCCCGAGCAGCAGACCUAGCGGCACCGGCCGGCGAGGAUCGGACCUUUAUGGAAAUUACUGAAGAUCCGGAUAUUUUCUACUUUACACCUUUCUCUGCCUUGUAUCUGAAAGGGCUCUAAAAUGCUGUAUCAUGUUUUAGGCACUUUCUUCACUUUUCGGUUAUUUUGGUUAUUUCUUUUUUUGGCGGGGGGAUCCCCCCGAAUAGUUGAACCUGGUUACAUGUUGUGUAUCUUUCUUCUGAAGCCUCCAGAUAGAAUAA